CAUGUCGGGGUCGCUCUCGGCCGGCAGUGGUGCUGGUGCGCCCCUACCCGGCGCGGCCCGAGGUUAAUCUUCCUCAUCGCUCUCACCUGCUCAGAUCGCGGGGCCGCGAGGCCGCGGGAAGGACUUCCGGCAGAGUCCGGAGCGGGGCGGAGAUGGAGUCAGUGGUCUUUGAGGAUGUGGCUGUGGACUUCACCCCAGAAGAGUGGGCUUUGUUGGAUCUGGCUCAGAGGAACCUCUACAGAGAUGUGAUGCUGGAGACCUUCAGGAACCUGGCCUCAGUGGGAGAAAACUGGAAAUGCCAUAGCAUUGAAGAUCAGCACAAGAACCAGAAAACACAUUUGAGAUGGCGUGUGGUGGAGAUACCCUCAGAAAAUAAUGAAAGUAAUCAAUGUGGAGAAACCAACCAGAUUUCCAAUCUUGUUGUACAUAAGAGACUUUCUACUGGAGUAAAAUCCUAUGAAUACAAUAAGUUUGAAAAACCCAUCAUGGAUUCUUCAUCCCUCAAGAGUCCCAUAGCAUCAUCUCAACAUGGACAAAAACCCUAUCGAUACAGUUCCACAUGAGAGAUGGGCACUGUACAGAUACAUGAAGCACAUUGUGUGAGUUUUCUGUUAUUCACAGCUGAAUGCAGUCUCUAAACAAUGAACUUAAUAUGUGGUCAAUAAUUAAAAUUUUCAUGCAUGCAAAAUAAGAUACAUAUUUUUUAAGUCCGACACAAGGUUCUGUACAUAUUUCUUAGAAAAAUCCAAGUAAAACUGUCUUUAUGUUUGCUGUAUACUUAAAACAUUAUCUUUCAUGUACUGAGAGAGGAUAUGUUAAAAUAGUCCAAUACAGUUAUGUAUUAUCAAAUCAGUAAUGUAAUUUUUGUCUUUUCAAACAUGUUCUGAGAUUAUAGUACAUAACUAUCUUAAAUUUUUUUCAUGUGAGUUUUCUUAUAAUAGUUUCCCAUUAAAGCAACUUAUUCAUUCAUAAGAAUAAAAGCUUAUAUAUUGGCUAUGUCAAUGCCCACCAACCAGAACCCAAGAGAAACACACCUGCAGUUGAACAAAAUUGGGUUUGCUGACUUAUAUGCAGUGGGGUGACCACACAGCAUGAAGAACAACAGGACAUCUCAGAAAUUCUGUUAGAAAGAACAUAUGGGAAUCAGACUUAUUUCAAAUGAUUUGGGGGGACACUUCAAAGAAGCUUUGCACCAGGUUGGCUGUUGCCAGGAAGUGUGCAGUAAAGUAUUAACUCAGCAGGCUUUGGUUGCUCAAUCUCCACACUUUUCAAAGAACGCACUGGUCCUUGACCAGCUCCUGGGAAAUAAGUUCUGAGUCCUUGGACUAUUCUGUCCGAUAAGACUGUUUUGUCUGCCUGAGGCCUUGGGCCACAUUUUUUAUCAGUUUGACUAGAUAGUUUAUGCUAACAGUGUGACUUAAGGUGAAUGCCUGUUUUGUAUGCAUAAGGCCAUAGGUGAAGCUGUAUCCAUUUGACCUCUGAGGAAAACAGCUGGAGACUGAUUGGCUAAGCUCAGUUACGUGGGUUCUACAUGACCCCCCAAUAAAAAUCUGGAGACCAAAGCUCAGGUGAGCUUCUGCGAUUGGCAGCAGUUCACAUGUUGUCACUAUCACUGCUGGGUGCUGUCCACGUGACUGUACUGAGAGAAGACAACUGGAAGCUUGCUCCUGAUUUCUCCUCCACUUCACCAUAUAUAUGCCUUUUCCCUUUGCUGCUUUUAAUCUUAUCCUUUCACCAUAAUCAUGAUAUAAUGGCUUUUCUGAAUCCUAUCAGCCCUAAUGAAUCAUCAAGUCUGAGACA